AUGAAAAACAAUGCAAUUGAGCAAUGGAUCGACCGUGUAUCGACGGAGCUGCAGGCGAAUCCUAGCUCGGAUGACAACCGGGCGGGGAAGACAGCGCUAAACGACCGUCCCAAGACAUCUUCGAAGAUGUUCAGAACCAUCGACGGCGAAUUUGGAUCCUCAGAAGAGACUCUGACUCCUACUCGUGUGAAGGCCGAACUUUCAAAAGCAACACCCAAGGUGGUCUUCUUGCCUCAAACUGCGGACCCAGGAUCCAAUGCUACCAGGGAUCUUUUAGGGUUCCUAACAUCCAAUGAUGACACACCGUGGGACGGGGAUAACGACAAGAUUAAGAAGAUAUCAGCUGCAACUUCUCUUUGCGCGGCUGAACUUCGCAGUGAGGGAUCGUGGGUGAUGGAUGUUGUCCGGCCUCUAUUAGAUCUGGCAAUUGAAGACUUGCCUCUGGAAUCUUGGAGUGUACAAACAGAGUCCGUUGGUGCCAAGUACCUACCUCGGUAUACCGCGAAAGAUACAUUUAACCGAAAAAUUGAUUUGGUUGUGGGCCUGCCGAUGCAACACUGGAAAACUGAGUAUGAGCGGGCGGGAAUCAAUGAUCUCGGUCGGGAUCUGAGCCAUGUCGACCAUCCACAUACUGGGUGCAGAUUACUUGGGCUAGGCGUGGAGGUAAAGGGGCCUGAUGGGAGUUUGAUCGAGGCUCAGGUGCAACUGGCAGUCUGGAUGGCUGGCCUGGUCUCCUGGGGAUUUGCCAAUCGGACAUCUCAUAAUAAUAGAGAGUGUGUUCUUCCGCCGAUGAUGGGCUGCACAGUUGUGGGAGAGGAUUGGAAACUCUACAUUGUUUACGGUAUUGCUGGACCUUCCUCCCAGCUGUCUGAAGUGCGUCUCUGGGGCCCUCACUCCGUUUUAAAAGGUGAGACGACAAGUGAAAUCGACGCGACUAUUCUUGCUCGCAGACUAAGGCGUGUCAUGCAAUAUAUUUCCACGUCCUACGCAGAGCGACUUGUGUCCACAAUAACUGGAACAUAA